UUCACGUUGCUUACAGGAGACACCAUUAUUCGCCGAUAAAAGCUGUUUUUAAAUAUUCAGCAUGAGGCCGUUAACAGACGAGGAGACGAAAACAAUGUUUGAGAAACUGUCGAAAUACAUCGGUGAAAACAUAAGACUGCUUGUGGACCGACCCGACGGCACCUACUGUUUCAGGCUGCACAGUGAUCGUGUGUACUACAUGAGUGAGAAAAUUCUUAAGUUGGCCACGAACUUUUCCCGUGACAAGCUCGUGUCAGUGGGAACGUGUUUUGGAAAGUUCACGAAGACCAGCAAGUUCCGCCUGCACAUCACGGCUCUGGAUUUUCUGGCCCCCUAUGCAAAGUUCAAGGUGUGGGUGAAGCCUGGAGCAGAGCAGUCUUUCCUCUAUGGGAACCACGUGUUAAAAUCCGGGCUUGGGAGAAUCACUGAGAACACUAUGCAGUACCAGGGAGUUGUGGUCUACUCCAUGGCUGAUGUGCCCCUGGGUUUUGGAGUUGCAGCCAAGUCCACACAGGAGUGCCGGCGAGUGGACCCCAUGUCCAUUGUAGUGUUCCACCAGGCUGAUGUGGGAGAGUUCAUUAGGAACGAAGAUACGCUAACAUAGGAUGCAUCACCAAAUAGACUGUCAAAUCCCCCCUUUUCUUUACUGCUUUCCAACCUGGUAACAGUCACUGAAGUUCACACCAUCAUUGACUCACCUUGGGAUAAUCUGCUGUCUACAGUAUUCCUUUGUCAAAGAACCUCCUGAUAUUCCACCCUGACUUUCAGUCAAAUCUUGUCAAAAUGAAGCAGAAUGCUUUUGUAUUUUUCUUUUGUAAAUGUUAUCUUUCAAAUAAAUCCAUAAUGUCUUUGUA